AUGCCGUGGUACUUGAACGACGGAAACGUGAACGACGGGAAAAGAAGGCAGAAAGAGAAGUCAAAGAAGAGCGGGACUUUAAUGAGGAUUUCGUCGAGAAGUGAUGAUAAAAUCGACGAGAAACGCGAGGAGAAGAAACUGAUAAAGAAAGAGGGAGAGGAGGAAGUCGCCGCCGGCAACAAGAAGAAGAAAUGGAAGAACAAGUUUAAGAGGAAGCGAAGGAGAGGGAAAGAAGACGAGGAGGAAAAAGAAGACGACGAUGAUGAGAAGGAGGAGAAACGAAAGAAACAGAAAUCAUCAUCCUCGUUGCUGUUAUCGAAGGCGCCGUCGGUGUCCACCAACUGGCACAAAUUGGUCGCGAGAGGAGAUAUCAAGACGAGCGAGAAAGGGAAGCGCAGGAAACGCGAUUUUGACGCGCCUUUGCCACCCCGGUCGGCGUCGGCAUCGGCGAGAGAAAACUAUUACGACAAUGAUGGGAACGAUGCUGAAAAUGAAUGUGGUCGUCGGGGUAACGACGAGGAUGCCGACGACGAGUUACGGAGACCGACGCCGACCUCUCGCGACGCUUCCGUGACGGAAACUUUAGCCAUAGAUUGCGAGAUGGUCGGCGUCGGCGAGGACGGGACGAGGUCCGUGCUCGCUCGAGUCACGGUCGUGAACGAACACGGGAAUGUCGUUUUGGAUACGUUCGUGGAAACUACGGAGAAAGUGACGGACUACCGAACCAAAGUCUCAGGCGUGCGUCCGAGAGAUUUGAAAAACGCGCCAAAAUUUGCAGACGUGCAAAAGAUGGUGUCGAAGCUCAUCGAGAAGAAAAUCGUCGUCGGUCACGGAUUGAAGAAUGAUUUUAAAGCGUUGCUUUUGAAUCACCCGAGAGAGCGGACGAGAGAUACGGCUCUGUAUCAUCCGCUGACGAGACCGUUGCGAUCGCACGAACGGUGCGUCGAAGGCGCGCCGAGAGGGAGAGGCUGCAGGAGUUUAAAAGAGCUGACGAAGACGCACUUACGCAUGACGAUUCAAGAAGGCGAGCACUCGUCCGCGGAAGAUGCUCGAGCUGCGUUGUUUUUGUAUGCAAAGUUCAAAAAGAAAUGGGAGCAGUCGUUGCUCGUCGCGAUGAGGAAACGUCAUUAG